AUGGACGACGAAAAACGACAACAGGAUGACUGGGCCAAUAGCAGGAAAAACAGGUUGCCAUCGUUCACUGAGGUUCUAUCGAGGAGGACACGGCCGCCUGUCGACCUUUUCAUGUUCUAUCUGUUUUUGCAACGUGAAGGAGCCGAAGACAUCCUAGAUUUCUGGCUGGACGUUCAACAGCAUGAAAAUCUUUGUCGUGCGUAUUUCAAGGACGUCCGAAAGUCCGGACGAACUAUCAAGGAAGAUUGGCCGCAAUACUGGGACUAUGCUCGAAGAAGAGGCUCGAUCUAUGGAACUGUUGUCGGCUUGAGUGGGGAUGGAGGCGGUACGAAAAGGAGCACAGCAAGCACUGGUGAAAUGUUAUCUGAACAUGACAAGCGCAAUCUGGCUAGUCUCGGAAACGAUGAAAAGGCUGGAUACGGAGGUCGGUCUACAAGCCCUCGACCAAAUACUGCUGCUGGUCAUUCCGAAAAUACUCGAGUAGCUUCUGCAUCUCCCGUCGAUGACCCCCCGCGUUCUUCGACACCAUUCUCUCUGUCAGGUCGCACCCCAACGUUGUUCAACCUUAGGCGCGCCUCUCGUGCGCCUACCAUCAUUCCUCGCUCUGCUGCCAUCUCCAGGCUCGACCUCAUUGCUUCUGCUGAACGCAUUUUCUACCGUUAUCUUUCGCCAGCCGGAAACACGGUCAAUUCGCCGGAGAAUCACGAAAUUUAUCUCCCGCCCGCGCUCAGAAUCCACAGCUUUCCUCUGAGUAGCUCUCAAGAGCCCAAGUCGCAGACUGAACUUGCGUUGAUGGCCCAAAUACCCGAUAUUUUCCAUGCGCAGAAGGAAUACUGCUUCCGGGCGAUGGAACAGGAUGCCUUCCCUCGUUUCCUCCGUUCGAAAGCGUUUGGAAAUCUGACACCAAUAUCCGCCCUGGUCCGUCUCAUUGCUGGUCUCAUCAUUUUGUGGAUCGGUCUAGCUGCCGCGUUUUCACUCAUCUUCUUGGACGUACAGCCCAAAUCCAAACGUUUCUUCCUCUUUAUCCCCUUCUUUUUGGCGGUCCUGUUCCUUGUAUCACAUCAGUAUGAGCUUGACCCUAUCCUCGUAUUCUUUGGCCAGUCUGAAACCACUCCUUUCCGCACACUCACCAUUCGCGAGCCAUAUGUCAAGAAACUACUCAUGGGUCGUGCCAUCUGGGUCAGUGUUCUUGUGACGGCGUUUAUGACAGCCCUAACCCUGCUGUUCUGGGCUGUGCCUGGGCACCGCCUGUAA